GAUCCUUCCUUAAAUAAGGAGACCAAUGCUGUCCAGUGGGUUCCAUUCCGUGAAGUACAUUAGUGAACCAGUUGGGUUUUUAUGACAAUCCAGCAAUUUUCAUGGUCACUUCUUCCUGGUGUCAGCCCCACAAAUUACAAGAUUCAUUCAGCUCAAUUUCACAACCUGCCUUUGUGUUGUUGUGGCUUCUCUCUCUCAUGUUCCCCUUUUUCUGUUUUCAAUUCAUUUUCCAGGUAUUAGAAGAGGAGGAAUUGCAGAUAAUAUCAUAUCAAGCAUCACAUCAAGAUGUGACAGAGUCACUCGAUACAUCAGGAUCUGAACAUCAUCAGACUUUGAACAUGGAAGAAAGAAGCACCGUUCACAGUGGGGAGAAACCGUAUAUGUGUCCCGUGUGUGGACAAGGCUUCAGCCGAUCAUCUGGCUUGACAAGACACAAGCGCAUUCACACCGGGGAGAAACCGUAUAAAUGUGGGGACUGCGGGAAGGGAUUCAAUUAUCCAGUUGAGCUGGAAAGUCAUCGACGCACUCACACUGGAGAGAGACCUUUCACCUGCCCCAUGUGUGGGAAGGGAUUCACCCAGUCAGCUGGCCUGUUGAUUCACGAGCGCAUUCACACCAGGGAAAGGCAGUUCACCUGCUCCGAAUGUGGAAAGGGAUUUACUCAGUCAUCAGCCCUGCUAACACACUGGCACAUUCACACAGGGGAGAGGCCGUUCACCUGCCCCGUGUGUGGGAAGGGAAGCACUGAUUUCUCUGCCCUGCAGAGACACCAGCGAGUUCACACUGACGAGAGAGUUUAAAUGCUCUGAAUGUGAGAAGAGCUUUAAAAGUCC